CCAGAGGUAUUUGAACGUUCCUUUAUAUUUGAAUUCCAAUCCCUUUAGCUACGAUUUCAACUCAUUUUUCAAAUCUCCUCCCCCGCCCUCUCUCUCUCCGCAAAACCCUAGAAUUCGUGUUAUUCAAUCAGAUUGCCGAUGACGAUGGUUCCGUCCAUCGGUCGGCAAAUCUCGAAUUCACCGGCCGACGGCAUAUCUAACCUCCGGUUCUCAAAUCACAGCGAUCACCUUCUCGUUUCUUCAUGGGACAAGAAUGUGAGAUUGUACGACGCGAGCGCUGAUUCGUUCAGAGGGGAGUUCAUGCACGGCGGUCCUGUACUCGAUUGCUGCUUCCAUGACGAUUCCUCUGGGUUCAGUGCUUGUGCCGACAACAAAGUCAGACGGCUUGUUUUCAAUGUUGGGAAAGAAGAUAUUCUGGGAAAGCAUGAUGCACCAGUGCGUUGCGUUGAGUAUUCUUAUGCUGCAGGACAAGUGAUCACAGGAAGUUGGGAUAAAACCCUCAAAUGUUGGGAUCCAAGAGGUGCCAGUGGGCCAGAACACACAUUAGUUGGAACAUAUCAGCAAACGGAGCGUGUUUAUUCUCUAUCUCUUGUUGGAAAUCGAUUAGUUGUGGCAACAGCAGGAAGGCAUGUAAACAUCUAUGAUCUUAGGAAUAUGUCUCAACCUGAGCAAAGAAGGGAGUCUUCACUGAAAUAUCAGACCAGAUGUGUACGCUGUUAUCCCAAUGGAACAGGAUAUGCACUUAGCUCUGUUGAAGGAAGGGUAGCAAUGGAGUUCUUUGAUCUAUCCGAGGCCACUCAAGCUAAAAAAUACGCUUUCAAAUGUCACCGGAAAUCAGAGGCUGGAAGGGACAUUGUCUACCCUGUAAACGCCAUCGCGUUCCAUCCAAUUUAUGGUACUUUUGCGACUGGAGGUUGUGAUGGGUUUGUCAACAUUUGGGAUGGGAACAACAAGAAGAGGCUGUAUCAGUACUCAAAAUACCGUUCGAGUGUAGCAGCCCUCUCAUUUAGCCGAGAUGGCCGGUUACUGGCUGUUGCUUCAAGCUACACUUUUGAAGAGGGAGAGAAACAGCAUGAACCAGAUGCCAUAUACGUACGGAGUGUGAAUGAGAUCGAAGUGAAACCGAAACCCAAAGCAUACCCGAAACCCCCGGCAUAGACAAAAUCCCAUCUUCAGUUUGUUCGGUUCUCUGCCUAGCAGGUAAUGGUAAUAGCUUUAUUACAACGUCAAGAUUUGAUGAUCUGCUUUGUGAAUUCGGAGGAUCAUUUAGUAGCAAGUGUGUGGUUUAUCUAAUGUGUGCAAUGUCCAAAUACUAGUGCUGCACAAAAAUAUCCGUUUUUUUAGGAUAUCCGAUUCUGGGUAUUUGCGUCACGGCCGAAGAGAUGGAAUGUGAUCAUCAAUCAGAUGGGUUAUCUAAUCGUGACUAGAAUUUAGGUUGACGUGGA